ACGUGGGUAAACAUGCUCUUCUCGUCAGCCGGUUGGCUCAGCCUGGUGCUUCUUCUGAACUUUGUUGAUUCUGGACGGAUUCUGAGGACAAUCAAGAACCAUCUGCAGGAUCUCCAGCUGCAAAAAAACAAGCAACUUCUCCUGAUGCUCAUGGACAGUGGUCAUCAACCUCACCAACAUGUGAAGGAGGCCUGGAUUCACCAGCCGCUGGACCACUUCAACCGACAGAGGCUCAAAACCUUCCCUCAGAGGUUCUUUGUGAAUGAAGCAUACUGGCAUCGUCCUGAUGGUCCAGUGUUUCUCUUCAUUGGUGGUGAAGGGCCCAUCUUUGAGUUUGAUGUUCUGACAGGUCAUCAUGUUGAGAUGGCAAAACAGCACGGAGCUCUGCUUCUUGCCGUGGAACAUCGUUUCUAUGGCGACAGCAUCAACCCUGAUGGCCUAAAAACUGAGAACCUUGCAGACCUGAGCAGCCAGCAGGCACUUGCUGACUUGGCCGUAUUUCACCAGCACAUCAGCCAGAGCUUCAACCUGAGCAGCAGGAACACAUGGAUCAGCUUCGGAGGCUCAUACUCUGGAGCUCUAUCCGCCUGGUUUAGAGGAAAGUUUCCCAAUCUGGUGUUUGGAGCUGUGGCGUCUUCUGCUCCAGUCAAGGCGAAGCUGGAUUUUUCUGCCUAUAACAAUGUGGUGGGCCGGAGCCUGAGCGACCAGGCGGUCGGCGGCUCAGACCAGUGUCUGUCCCGCGUGCGCGACGCCUUCGUUGCCGUGGAAACGGCGCUGAUGCGCGGGGACUCCAGCCAGGUGGCGCGAGACUUCGGCUGCUGCCACAGUCCCGCCAAUCUCGAUGAUCAGAUCGAGCUGAUUCAAAACUUGGCCGACAUUAUAAUGGGAACAGUGCAGUACAAUGAAGAGGGCGUGCUUCUGUCCAUCAGAGAGAUCUGUGGUGUCAUGACCAAUGAAAGUGGGGCCUACAAGGCAGGGAUGGAGGCCUACAGCAGCCUCAUAAAACUCUCCCAGAUUUACAGAUCAACUAUGGAGCAAGAAUGUCUUGACAUCUCUCAUGAGAAAACUGUGAAAGAUCUGAUGAACACGUCUCUCCACACUGGCAGAAGAUCUGAGAGACAGUGGACGUACCAGACGUGCACAGAGUUUGGCUUUUAUCAGACCUGUGAGGAUGCUGCCUGCCCAUUCUCAGGGAUGUCAAUCCUGCAGGCUGAGACCAAGCUAUGUGCCAUAGCUUUUGGCAUUUCCCAGCAUUCACUGCCUGCACAUAUCGCCUUCACCAACAGUUUCUACGGAGGAGGAAACCCUCACACACACAGGGUCCUUUAUGUCAAUGGAGGAAUUGACCCAUGGAAGGAGCUGUCAGUGGUUCAGGACGGAGGAAACGAGGAGGAUGAGGCUCAGACAGUUUUCAUUAAGGACACUGCACACUGUGCUGAUAUGUCGAGUGGCAGAGCCACAGACCGCCCGUCGCUCAGGAGAGCAAGGCAGGAGAUUGAGAAACACGUUGCAGAGUGGUUGAGGACAGCAGCCCGGGAGGAGAUGGGAUCAGAUCACUGAUCAAACUAGAG